AUGAUUUCUACAAGUAAUUCGAAGCCAUGCGAUGGCAUCAAAGACGCGGAAAAUCAAGUCACGCCGUCUAAGCCUCAGAUCAAGUUACAGCCCAUGGUGGCGACUUCGCCGCCUCUCCCAAGUCAGUUUGAGCUACUCACACAUCUGAAACUCCUCGACGCGAUCAUCACUCUAAAGAAUGGGAUCAACGAUCAAGCUCAAGAGAAGGGAAUGGAAGGUGGGAAAGCCUGGGACCAAUUUUGUCAGGCAGCCGCUGCCAAGUUUCUCGGGUGGUCCGAGAAUGUUGACGUCUCCGAGGAGACCAUAUCUAUUCCUCCACUUGACAUCCUCAUGAUAUGGCACACAUUUAUGUUGAAUACGAAGGCUUACGCGAAAUUCGAAGACGAGACACUGCGAGGCCGGAUGGCGGGAAAGGGCAUUGACUGGAAGGACCUGAAGCUCAAGCUGGACUUAGACUACGAUGGAAUUGUCGACAUCCUUGCUUCAUGGGAUGACGUUGACAAACCACACACACUCAAGCAAGGUGAGGUAUCAAUUACGACCGACUUCGACAUGGUGGCCGCAGUGCAACGACAGCUGAAGUUUACAGAGAAGAUGUUUGAUGCUGCGUGGCGCCACGAGGAACUCGUAAAGGCAUUUCUGGACUCAGCGGUCGACCGCUACGUGGAAUUCUUCACGCUCAUCGCCGAAAACCCAGGCUUUAGUUUCUGUCCAACGCUAGCGAUUGACCUGGUCUGGCAUACUCAUCAGCUGUCACCCAAGCAGUACCGCUCUUACUCUCGUCAGAUGACCAACGGGCGAUUUGUUCAUCACGAUGACAACCUCGACGAGUCUACCCUCAACCAAGCAGCCUUCAAUGCGGAGAAGAUUUACUUCGAGAAGUAUGGCGCUAGGGGCCGAGAGAGGUACCGGUACCAGGCGUAUCGAUCCGCCCUCGUGCUCCAGCGUAUGCUCGGGCACUGGGUGUAG